CCGGGCGGCGACGCGAUGGAUUCGAGGCCGCGCGAGGUAGACUCCCUCAGCGAGGCGGCCGACGGCGCCGCUGCGCCAGCCAUCGCGAUGGUUGAGGUCGAGGUCACCAAGCCCCGCAACGACAAGCGUGGGUACCGCCGCGUGGUGCUCCCCAACGCUCUCGAGUGCCUCCUCAUCAGCGACCCCGACACCGAUAAGGCGGCGGCGUCGAUGAAUGUUUCGGUGGGCUACUUCUGCGACCCCGAUGGGCUGGAGGGGCUCGCUCACUUCCUCGAGCAUAUGCUUUUCUAUGCGAGCGAGAAAUAUCCUAUAGAAGAUAGUUACUCAAAGUACAUUGCUGAGCAUGGUGGUUCGACCAAUGCCUAUACAACUUCUGAACACACAAACUUCUAUUUUGAUGUGAACAAUGACUGCCUGGAUGAUGCUUUAGAUAGGUUUGCACAAUUUUUUAUAAAGCCAUUGAUGUCCCCCGAUGCAACUCUUAGGGAAAUAAAAGCCGUUGACUCUGAAAAUCAGAAAAAUCUAUUGUCAGAUCCAUGGCGAAUGAGUCAGCUCCAGAAGCAUCUUUGCUCGAAUAACCACCCAUACCACAAGUUCAGCACUGGAAAUUGGAACACUUUGGAGGUUAAACCAAAGGAGAAAGGAUUAGACACAAGGCUCGAGCUUAUCAAUUUCUAUGAUUCACACUACUCAGCCAACUUGAUGCAGCUUGUUGUGUAUGGAAAAGAGAGUCUGGACAACAUUCAGACCCUUGUCGAAAGUAAGUUCUGUGAUAUCAAGAAUGUUGGGAGGAAGCAAUUUUCUUUUCCUGGUCAUCCAUGUUCAAGCAAAGAUCUUCAGAUCCUUGUUAAGGUGGUUCCCAUUAAACAAGGUCAUACAUUGCGAGUACUGUGGCCAAUCACUCCAAAUAUUAGGCAUUACAAGGAAGGUCCUUGUAGGUAUGUGAGCCAUCUAAUUGGUCAUGAAGGAGAAGGAUCUCUCUUUUACAUUCUAAAAAAGUUGGGAUGGGCUAUGAGUUUGGAAUCAGGGGAAGGGGACUGGAGUUAUGAGUUCUCUUUCUUCAGUGUUGUUAUACAGCUGACAGAUGUAGGCCAUGAGCACAUGGAGGAUGUCAUUGGAUUGCUGUUCAGAUACAUUACAUUACUUCAGACCUCUGGAACUCCAAAGUGGAUUUUUGAUGAGCUUCUAGCCAUCUGUGAGACAGGAUUCAACUAUCGAGACAAGAGCCCUCCAAUGAAUUAUGUUGCCAGCAUUUCCUCAAACAUGCAGGUAUAUUCCAGUUAUUUCCAUGGUCAUGUCCGUUGCCUGAGUUAG